AUGGGGCGCUUCACUAACACUCUGCAGUCCGUACUCACAACGUUGAGACAGCCUAGCGCUUCGGCACAUGUACUAUCAACGUCCGGGCUCAGUACAACAAGCAGUACAGAGACUUCGCACGCAACGAACUCUGGGGACAACAGCUUGAACGUUGUCAUCGACGUCUUCCAAAUCAUUCUCGCUGCCGUCGGCAUCGGCACUGCCAUCUAUUACGGACGUCAACAGGUCAAGUCGUUCCGCAACCGGUUGGGCUCGGAGAGUCACGGCUUGCCGGAUGUUGAGAGUCAGAGUCAUCACGCCGUCCACCAAGUCAAUCGAACGGACGUGAGCUUGAAGCACGGUCGAUCACUCACCGGCGCUGUUGAACAUAAGGCGAUGGAAGGCGGAGCAGAGACGGAUCGCGGUAGGGCUGUGCCGGACGACGACCGCUCGAAGGAUGCUUAA